AUGGUACGACGAUUCGUGGAGGCAGCCAUGCCAGACGCAACCAUGCCAGAUAGCGAUGAGGAGGAGAAGAAGCUUGGAUGGAAAAGAAUCAGCGCACAUUCAAACAUAAAGAGUGUGACCGACAAGCUCAAGGAGGUGAAUGAUGCCAAGCUGGAACGGCUUCGACAUGCACCAGAGACCCGUACCGAUUGCAAGUACAUCUUCCUAUGGCCUCCACAUGGCGAGCCCUCACUCAAGGACGGUCUUGAUCUCCGCCGUCAGUGGCUGGACGAGAUCCGCGCUGCGUAUGACGUGUAUAUCUACACAGAAAGCGGAAACAAGAAUUGCCUAUACCUAUCUGCAAACAGUGAGGCAAAUCUUUGCAAUGUUUCCAACGAGCUUCGCGCGAUGCGGCAAGCACUCUCGGUUCGGGCUGAGGGUGGGAUCAAGUUAUUCCUCGUCGAACCACCCACUCCCAGCCUGAUGAAAACGGAGAUCCGCGUGGAAGAGACUGACGGGUUUGCCAAACCAUUCCUCCAUGGAAAUAAGCUACCUCAGGAACAAGCCCUCGCCUGGAGUUCCCGGGCUCAAGCCUUCAAGCAGGAUAACAAGGAUGUGAUCCAAGGCCAUCUGGGAAGGGCAUUGGUGUCGGUGCCACCAUCCAAUGGCGUGCUUCAAAUGAGAGCAAAGUUUGGCACUUUCACUCUGGAUGAAUGGACAAAGCCAGCGGCCGGGGACACCUAUCAAUUCAAAGAAUUUCGUGACAUAUUGAGACGCGACAGCGUGGCAGGACGUCUGCUUCCAGGGUUUGUGAUCCCUGUCAGCCAUUGUUCAGACUUGAUCGCUAACAUUCAGAUUAGGAUUUGCCUGUCGGAGAACGAGCUAUUCAAGCGAAUCAGGGAAGCAAAGGAUUUGCUUGUGCCAUGGGGUGAUGUUAAGCUCGACUCUUUGUUGAAAAUUGCCCCCAGGCAUUCUGCUAGCUUUGAUUUCCAGGCAGGAACAGACGGAAUCAUUCGGGUAGAGGUCAACUUCUCGCUGUUGGAGGGAACGAGCGAAUUUGAGGUCAGUGGCUCUCGCUGCUUCAAGCCGCGCAAGCCGUGCAAGCCGAAAGACUCGAAAGAGGCGAAAGACUCGAAGGGCCCGAUAAAGCCAAUGCAGAUUGGGAUGAUUGAUUUUGAAAGAGCUGACUGGGAACUCGAGAUCAAGGCCCUCGAGCUUCACCCGGCAAAGCAGCACAGCGCUGAACUGCGAAAAUUCAAGCAUUCCAUCAGAUACGUGUGGAACCCGAGCUCGUCAAGCAUUGGGUCUAUGCCUCAGCGGAAAGCGAAGUUUCACCCCAGCGCCCCAAUCACUCGAUUCGUUGAGAAAUCAGCAAUCCAACUGAGUGUUAUCGGUACCGCUUACACCUUCGAGCUUGCUCGUUUUGAUGAUUACCUCUAUGCCAAUCACCGCUGGGCAAAAUCACCCAAAGUCUCGUGGGGGGCUUCACUUUUCAACCCCGAAUGGGAUGAACUCCUGACCACACAGGCGCACGGUGGUACCAUCUAUGAUACUUCGUGCCUGUCAUCCUUCUUUCAAGCAUCGCCCGAGACCGUCGCAAAGGCCAUGGAGGGCAUGAGCGAUGACGAGGCCGAGGAAAAGUACGAGGAAAUCCAGACUCGCCUGGACCUGGAGGAGUUGAGGACGUUCAUGAGCAAAGUUCAGACACUCGCCCGCAUGCUAGGCUCCUCGGACUUUGAAGCAGUUGAAGUCCUUAACGCCGAUCUUGGAACUCUGUUUUGA